AUGUCAAUCCCUCCAGUCCAAUCAGGUGUGCCUGUGCUUGGCUCGGAGAAGGAAGGCAACUUCAGGGACGUAGACGCGAAGCUACCCCUAGAGACCUCCCGAAGCGACCAAUCCGAGUCCGACGACGAGUCCUACAAUGCCAAGAACCCGUUCCUCGACCCUGAAGUUGCUGCACAUUGGAAGGCGGUUUACGAGGCGUCGAGGUACGAAUCGCGCCACGAAUUCGACCCAGAUUUGACUUGGACAGCGGAAGAAGAAAAAAGGAUUGUAAAGAAGCUGGACUGGCGCGUUUGUCUAUGGGCAUGUGUCAUGUUCUUUGGCCUCCAAGUCGACCGUGGCAACCUCGUUCAAGCUGUGUCGGACACAAUGCUCACCGAUCUCAAACUGUCUACAGACGACUAUAACUAUGGAAACACUGUCUUUUUGAUCGCCUUUCUCCUUGCUGAACUCCCUUCCCAGUUGAUCAGUAAGAAGAUCGGACCUGAUCGAUGGAUCCCAAUGCAGAUCUGCCUGUGGUCCCUGGUGGCAACGUUCCAAUGCUUUCUAAAGGGGAGAGCCGACUUCCUCGCCACCCGUGCUCUGUUGGGAGCCCUAGAGGGCGGCUUCAUUCCCGAUAUAGUGCUUUGGUUGAGCUACUUUUAUACGUCAAAAGAGCUGCCGAUUCGCUUGAGUUACUUUUGGACUACAUUAUCAGUUACCUCUGUUGUUGCCUCACUUCUGGCAUACGCUAUUUUCCACCUGAGUGGUGUGGCUCGCUGGGCUGGAUGGCGUUGGCUGUUUUUGAUUGAAGGGCUAGUCACUCUAUUGGUUGGCGUCGCUUCAUUCUUUUACAUGCCAGCCUCGGCCGUGCAGACCAAAACCUGGUUCCGCCCCAACGGAUGGUUCACAGACCGCGAGACUGCUAUCGUAGUCAACAGGGUCCUGCGCGACGACCCUUCGAAAGGCGACAUGCACAAUCGACAAGCGAUCACACCUCGCCGACUGUGGGAGUCGAUGAAAGACUACGACUUGUGGCCCAUCUACCUGCUUGGCCUUGUGGCCUACAUUCCUCAGGCCCCACAAACCAAAUAUAUCACUCUGGUCUUGAAAUCCUCCGGAUUUGACACAUUCACCACCAAUUUGUUGACAAUACCUGCUAGCGUUUUCCAUAUAAUUACCCUGAUCCUCCUUACUCGCCUAUCAGAAUGGGUCCAAGAACGAUCACUGGUCUCAAUGUUGCAAUCGGUGUGGACCCUGCCCUGCGUUAUCGCCCUGCGUGUCUGGCCAGGUAUCAUCACAGAUCGCUGGGGAACGUACGCGGUCGUAACGACAUUGCUCUCUUAUCCGUACUGUCAUGCAAUUCUUGUAGCAUGGACUUCCAAGAAUUCGAACAACGUCGGAACGCGAUCCGUGUCAGCUGCUCUAUACAAUAUGAAUGUUCAACUGGGCAACGUCAUUGCUAAUUUUGUCUACAUGGCUGAUGAUGCGCCUUUAUACAAGAGGGGUAACAGUAUUCUCAUUGGUAUCAAUGUCCUCUGCAUUGUCCUAUUCAUCCUCACCAAGUUGUACUAUAUGUGGAGGAACCAGCAACGUGAUAAGGUUUGGAAUGCCAUGACCGAGGACGAGAGAAAGGACUAUUUGCACAACACCAAAUUGCAGGGUAGCCGGCGACUUGACUUUAGAUUUGCACAUUAA